CAGGGCCAGAGGCUAGGGUGCCGCCUCCUCUGCAACGCCGGGGCCGAAGUAUUAGAACCGAGGGCCCGCAGGGGUCCCCGCGGCUGCCGCGAUGCAGAAAUACGAGAAACUGGAGAAGAUUGGGGAAGGCACCUACGGAACAGUGUUCAAGGCCAAAAACCGGGAGACUCAUGAGAUCGUGGCUCUGAAACGGGUGAGGCUGGAUGACGAUGAUGAGGGAGUGCCGAGUUCUGCCCUUCGGGAAAUCUGCCUACUCAAAGAACUGAAGCACAAGAACAUCGUCAGGCUUCAUGACGUCCUGCAUAGCGACAAGAAGCUGACUUUGGUUUUUGAGUUCUGUGACCAGGACCUUAAGAAGUAUUUUGACAGCUGCAAUGGUGACCUAGACCCUGAAAUUGUGAAGUCAUUCCUCUUCCAGCUGCUAAAAGGCCUAGGAUUUUGUCACAGUCGCAACGUGCUGCACAGGGACCUGAAGCCCCAGAAUCUGCUCAUAAACAGGAAUGGGGAGUUGAAACUGGCUGAUUUCGGGUUGGCUCGAGCCUUUGGGAUCCCUGUUCGCUGUUACUCAGCUGAGGUGGUCACGCUGUGGUACCGCCCACCGGAUGUCCUCUUUGGGGCCAAGCUGUACUCCACGUCCAUCGACAUGUGGUCAGCCGGCUGCAUCUUUGCAGAGCUGGCCAAUGCGGGGCGGCCUCUCUUCCCUGGCAACGACGUAGAUGACCAAUUGAAGAGGAUCUUCCGAUACCCUUCUAUUACCAUUCGCCUUGAGCCCUCUGGAGGGGGGGUGAUGAGCCGUGGAGCUCAGAAUGCAGACUCUGGCAGCCUCCACACCCUACACCCUGGUCUGACUCUCCCUGCCCCCCCACAGCCCUACCCAAUGUAUCCAGCUACAACGUCCCUGGUGAACGUCGUACCCAAGCUCAAUGCCACAGGGAGGGACCUGCUGCAGAACCUCCUGAAAUGUAACCCUGUCCAGCGCAUCUCAGCCGAGGAGGCCCUGCAGCACCCCUACUUCUCUGACUUCUGCCCCCCCUAGGCUCCUGGACCCUGACCGCCAGGCUGGGGCCUGACCUACUUCGGCCCCCUCCCAGGAGGGGAAGAAAAACAGGGAUGCACAGUGUGCUGAGCUCUAGCUGUGCCGGGCCCGCCAGGGUAGAGGCACCUUUGUGCGGGUUCUCCCUCCCUCCACGGACUUUAUUUAAUUUCAUAAAUUGGCUCCUUUCCCACA